GCAGGCUCAUUGAUACGGGGCUUCGAAUAAAAUUUUGAUCAAGAAAAAACUGAGUAAAAAUACCUCGAUAUUUCUGUUGUUUUCUUAAGGAAAGUCAGCAUAUUUCUUUAUUGAUAUGGCUACUUUUAAUAUAAAGGAAGGUGAAUACACGACUACAAUAUAUGGAAUGAUCAAAGCUCAGAGAUUCAAUGAAGCUAUUCAGAUCCUAAACCAUGAAUUGGGAAAUCAUCCAAAGUCCCGUGCUGCCUUGUCUUUGCUGGGCUACUGCUAUUUCCAGGUGCAGAACUUUGAAUCUUCAUCUGACUGUUAUGCACAGUUAAUUGAAAUUCACCCUGAGGUAGAUGAAUACAAGUUGUACUAUGCACAGUCACUUUUCAAAGCCUGUCAGUAUGCUGAAGCCACUAAAGCUACAUUUCAAAUAGAGAACCCUACAUUCAAUUCGAAGGUGCUCAAGUUGCAGGCAGCCAUAAAAUAUGAGGAAGAUGAUUUACAAGGAGCAAAGAGCAUGGUUGAGCAGUGUUCUAAUGAAGACCCUGACACUGAAGUGAACUUGGGAUGUCUGCUUUUCAAGGAGAAGCAGUACAGUGAAGCUUGUCAGAAAUUCCAAACAGCCAUGAACGUUAAGGGUUAUCAGCCAGAUUUGUCAUACAACAUUGCGCUGUGUUACUACAGUAUGAAGCAGUAUGCUCCAGCCCUGAAGCACAUAGCAGACAUCAUAGAGAAGGGAAUCAGAGAACACCCAGAAUUGAGUGUUGGCAUGACAACAGAGGGUAUAGAGGUCAGGAGUGUUGGAAAUACCAAGGUUUUACAGCAAACUGCCCUCAUUGAGGCCUUCAACCUUAAAGCGGCUAUUGAAUAUCAGUUGAAAAACUAUGAAGCCGCACAAGAAGCUUUGACUGACAUGCCCCCUCGCGCUGAAGAGGAACUUGAUGCUGUGUCACUCCAUAAUCAAGCUCUGAUGAACAUGGAGACUGCCCCAACACAGGGCUUUGAGAAGCUGCAGUUCCUGCUACAACAAAACCCAUUCCCGCCUGAGACGUUUGGUAAUUUACUCCUCCUCUACAUUAAAUACCAGUAUUAUGACUUGGCUGCAGAUGUCCUGGCUGAGAAUGCUCAACUCACUUACAAAUUCCUUCAACCAUAUAUGUACGAUUUCCUUGAUGCAAUGAUAACUCAGCAAACAUCACCAGAAGAGGCCUAUCGCAAGUUUGAUGAUAUGGCCACCAAACAGACUGAAACUUUACGCAAAUUAACCAAACUGGUCCAGGAGGCCCGACAAAAUCAUGACGAUGAGUCAGUCAAAAAGGCUGUGAAUGAAUAUGAUGAAGCACUUGAAAGAUAUAUCCCAGUUCUUAUGGCACAAGCAAAAAUUUAUUGGGACCUGGAAAACUAUGCACAAGUUGAAAAGAUUUUCAGGAAGUCAGUUGAGUUCUGCAAUGAGCAUGAAGUAUGGAAACUGAACGUUGCUCAUGUACUGUUCAUGCAGGAAAAUAAGUAUAAAGAAGCAGUUGGUUUCUAUGAGCCGAUAGUCAAGAAACACUAUGACAAUAUUUUGAGUGUGAGCGCCAUUGUCCUCGCAAACCUUUGUGUGUCUUAUAUUAUGACAAGCGCCAAUGAGGAGGCAGAGGAGCUCAUGAGAAAAAUCGAAAAGGAAGAGGAACAAGUGGCAUAUGAUGACCCGGAGAAAAAAAUCUACCAUCUGUGUAUUGUAAACCUUGUUAUCGGAACCCUCUACUGCGCAAAAGGCAACUACGAGUUCGGAAUAUCGAGAAUUAUGAAAAGUUUGGAGCCUUACAACAAAAAGCUUGGCACAGAUACAUGGUUUUAUUCCAAAAGAUGUUUCCUUUCUCUCAUUGAAAACAUGUCAAAGCACAUGAUAAUGCUGCGAGAUAACGUGGUGCAGGAAAUCAUACAGUUUAUGGAGCACUGCGAGAUGUACGGUAAGAAUGUCCCUGCGCUCGUCGAGCAGCCCUUGGAGGAGGAGCGUAUGCACCCCGGCAAAAACACCGUGACGUACGAGGCGCGGUUACUCAAGAGCUUGUUCAUGAGAUUAGUCUAGCAAAGAUAGACGAGGGCUUAUUUGAGCUUGGUGGGAGCGAUGUCGUGCAAGAAAUUUUAAUGAAGAUUUCACAGUUAUUCCUCUUUGUUAUCAAAUGGCCCGUCCCUUACCGACUCUUAGGCUAUGUUCAAACGUCGUGUUAUCCAUGAUCCGUAUUCAAUGCAAAUUGAUGCAAAAGAACCAGGUGCAUUGUUUUAUUUUAAUUUGCAUGCAUUUGUAUUGAAUACGGCUCUUGCAUAAUACGACGUUAGAACUUAGCCGAUAGCAGAUAAAUUUAGCCCCAUGUUCAAGUUGCUUAUUGUGUGCUUGAUCGAACGGCUGUAUCAUUAAGAUUCAUAUGUUCAAUCGCCAAACUAUCGAUGACGUUAUGUCAUUAGGCUUAAGCAAGUCAAAGUGUGAAUAUUGUAAAUAGCGUUAAAAAUAACAUAUAAAUUUACCCGAA